CGACAGAGUUUUAUCGCGAUAAGACGAGUUCAUAAGAAAAUUUAUGUUCUGAUCAGCUUCAUCAUCCCCAAAUUCGAAACCCUAGAUCAGAAAUGGAUAUCUUAAAGCAAGAACUCCUAAAGAAACGCCAAUCCCUAACACAAGACACCGGCGGCAAGCGAUUUUUCAAGCGAUCAGAAAUCCAACAAAAAGAAAUCCAAAAACUCCGAGAACAAGAAAAAGAAGAACUCGAAGCCAAAGCCCAACGCCAAUCCUCCUCCUCCGCCACCACAUCCACCACCGCAACGACCGCCACUAAAUCCACCUCCGCCGCAUCCUCCUCCACCUCCACCCCCUCCACAACCACCUCGACCCCCGCGUCUAAAACCCUAACUGAAGAGCAAAUCAUCGACAACCUAAUUCUCCCUAAACAAGAAGUCAUCCGCCGUCUCCGCUUCCUCAAGCAGCCGAUCACUCUCUUCGGCGAAGACGAUGAUGCGCGGCUGGAGCGGCUAAAACACGUUAUUAAAACUGGAGUUUUUGAAGUGGAUAGUGAUAUAACUGAGGGUCAGACGAAUGAUUUUCUUCGGGAUAUCUCGGAGUUGAGGAAGCGGCAGAAGAGUGGGAUUGUUAGUAAGAGGAAGAGGAAGGAUAGGGAGGAAGGUGGCGGGGAAGAUGGAGAGAGAGGGGAAGGUGAGGGGGAGAUGAGCGGCGAUGGCGGGUCCAGUGAUGUUGAUGCUGAUAAGGAUUUGAAACGGAUGAAGGCGAAUUUUGAAGAUUUGUGUGAUGAAGAUAAGAUAUUGGUGUUUUUUAAGAGGCUGUUGAAUGAGUGGAAACAGGAGCUGGAUGAAAUGGCUGAAACUGAGAAGAGAACUGCUAAAGGGAAGUCCAGUGUUGCUACUUUUAAACAGUGUGCGCGGUAUUUGCAUCCGUUGUUCAAGUUUUGCAGGAAGAAGAUUCUUCCUGAUGAUAUUCGCCAAGCCUUGAUAGUGGUAGUUGAGUGCUGCAUGAAGAGAGACUACUUAGCUGCCAUGGAUCAGUAUAUUAAGAUGGCAAUUGGUAAUGCACCAUGGCCAAUUGGUGUCACUAUGGUUGGUAUUCACGAACGUUCAGCUCGUGAGAAAAUUUAUACCAACAGUGUGGCUCACAUUAUGAAUGAUGAGACCACUCGCAAAUACUUACAGUCUGUCAAGAGAUUGAUGACAUUUUGCCAACGACGCUAUCCGACCAUGCCAUCAAAAGCAGUAGAGUUCAACAGCUUAGCAAAUGGCAGUGAUUUACAGUCUCUAUUGGCAGAGGAGCGGGUUUACAGUGGUAAUCAGUCUUCAGAUGGAAGGCUUCGGCUAAUGCCUGCUCCCGAUGAAAAUUAGGUAUUAAUGUGAAGUUGUAUUAUGGUUUUCAUUUCUAUAAGAUGAACUGAUAAAUCGAAUUUGUUGGAUCAUUAUGUCAUUUUAACCUAUGUGCUAUUGUAAACCCUUGGCUGAAAUUGAUUAUCAAGAGUUAGCAAAUAGAUUUAAAAGCUUUGUAAAGAACAAGCUUUGCAAGGGAUGAGCAAUUUCUGCA